AUGGAGGCGUUGUUCGUCGGAAAGUUCCGUUCUCAACUCUGGUUUGUCUUACUCAUAUCUUUUCUUUUAGGCUCGAUACUGCUUUUUUUUUAUCAUUCGGCUAUAACUGGUGGGGAUCAAAAUAAUGGGGUCACCUUUCUGGUCAACAACUUUGUGAAUGUAAUCCAAGACCGUAAAAAUAAAUCUAUUGAUUUCGCUGUAAAUUCUAGCCACCGAACAAUUACUUUAUCAACCAAUUAUCAUAAUUCUACUUUUGAAUUGACCACGAAUAGGAAUUCUGGUGGACAAGUGUCACAAGAAAAGAAUGAGACAAUUGAACACAUUAGUCCAAGUUUAGAUUCAUGUUCUGGUCGAUAUAUUUAUAUGCAUGAUGUUCCUAGGAAAUUCAACGAGGACUUGCUCAAGGAUUGCCAUUCUCUUAUCAAAUGGUUCGAUAUGUGCCAGUAUAUAUCAAACCUGGGGCUUGGUCCUAAGAUUGAAAAUUCGGAAAGGGUUUUAUCGAGCAAGGGCUGGUUUGCAACAAACCAAUUUACGUUAGGAAUCAUAUUCCACAACAGGAUGAAGCAGUACAAGUGCUUAACCAAUGAUUCAUUGUUGGCUUCAGCAAUAUAUGUACCAUUUUAUCCUGGCUUUGAUGUGAGUCGUUACCUUUGGGGCUUUAACAUCUCAGUGAGAGAUGCAGCUUCUUUUGCUCUUGUCAAGUGGCUUACACAAAAACCCGAAUGGAAAAGAAUGUGGGGUAGAGAUCACUUCUUGGUAGGAGGGAGGCCAGCUUGGGAUUUAAGGAGACAAACAGAUGACGAUUCUGAUUGGGGUUCAAAGCUUAUGUUAUUGCCCGAAUCUAACAACAUAACUUUGUUAUCAGUUGAAGCAAGCUUGUGGAACAAUGACUUUGCAAUACCAUAUCCUACGUACUUCCAUCCAUCCAAGGACGUUCAGGUAAGAAAGUGGCAAAAAAAAAUGAGAAGAAUGGAAAGGCGGUACUUGUUCACUUUCACUGGUGCCCCACGACCCAAUUCAGCAGGUGCCAUUCGAGGUGAGCUUAUUGAUCAAUGUCAGUCUUCAUCCACAUGCAACUUUGUUUCUUGUUUACAUGGAGCAAAAAAGUGUGAGGACCCUUUAAAAGUGUUAAAGGCGUUUCAGAGCUCAGUUUUUUGCUUACAGCCUACUGGGGAUUCAUUAACUAGACGAUCAACUUUUGAUUCCAUUUUGGCGGGGUGUAUUCCGGUUUUCUUUCAUCCUGGUUCUGCUUAUGCACAAUACAUUUGGUAUAUGCCUAGGAACCAUACCAAGUAUUCUGUGUUCAUACCACGAAAUGAUUUGAAGGACAGAAAGGUUCUUAUAAAUGAGACAUUGCUUCAAGUUCCAAAGAAAGAAGUUUUGGCAAUGAGAGAGGAAGUUAUUAAGCUAAUUCCAAGAAUAGUUUAUGCAGAUCCCAGUUAUAGAUUGGAGAGCCUUGAAGAUGCAUUUGACAUAGCAGUUAAGGGUGUUCUUGACAGAGUAGAGGCAGUAAGGAGGGGAAUUAAGAAGGGUAAGGAUCCUAGUAUUGGUUUUGCAGAAUACAAUGUUACAAAAUUCUAA